AUGACGAUUUCACUGUUGGAGCUGCAGGCAGCAGUUCUAGGAACGAGGUUGAAGGACACAGUCAGACAGGACCAUAGUGUGGCCAUUGCAGAGACUGUACUAUGGACGGAUUCGAAGACAGUGCUGCGUUGGAUUAGCAGCACACACAGGCGCUACAAGCAGUUCGUAGGGAACAGAGUAGCCGAGAUUCUGGAGUCAACGAAGGUGGCCCAAUGGAGAUGGCUACCAUCCGCCGACAACGUGGCAGAUGAUGCAACUCGGACGCAACGCAGCGUGGACCUAAGCGAGAAGUCACGCUGGUUAAGAGGACCGGCAUUCCUGAGGAGACCAGCGGGCAGCUGGCCAGGAACUGCACCCACCAAUGAAGAAGACGAUGCAGAAGAUGAAGAGGAGAUGCCGAGUGAGUUCGUGCUUGUUGGCGCGAGCGACCCGUUUAUAUCGCUGGAGAGAUUCUCAAGCUACAGGCGAUUGCUGAGGACUACGGCCUGGGUCCUAAGGUUCAUGCAUCGAUGCCGCGGACAACGAGAUGAGCUGGAGAACUACGUCCUCAAUGUAGCUGAGUGUGAAGCAGCCGAGGUUUUGUUAUUCCGUAGAGCACAACGUGAGGCGUUCUCCCAUGAGGUGCAGGCCGCAGAGAAUGGCUUGGACGUCGCUAAAGGAAGCGACAUAUGUGGACUGGCGCCAUACCUAGAUGGCAAUGGAAUCCUGCGAGCGUAUGGCAGGAUCGAUGCGGCGCUAUACCGUAUACCGUACAGCGCCAGGAGGCCAGUGAUCCUCUUCCACCGGCAUGGUCUCACGGAGAUGAUUGUGCGAAACGCCCAUGUGAGGAUGAAGCAUCAAAACGUGGAUGCUACGAUGGCGGAGAUCCGAACCAGGUUAUGGAUUACGAGACUGCGGAGAGUGCUUCGUAGUGUGAUCUUGGGAUGCAGCGAGUGUAAGCUGCACAGAGCACAGCCGAUGCCGCCAAUUAUGGGACCCCUGCCAGAUGAUCGUUUGGACGCCAAUGGCUGGCCGUUUAAGAGCACAGGCCUCGACUACUUUGGGCCGCUGCUAGUGACCAUUGCUCGGCACCAAGAGAAAUGGUCGGUGGCCUUGUUUACGUGCCUGACGACCAGGGCGAUUCAUCUGGAACUGGCACAUGACCUGUCGACUGAUUCCUGCAUACUUGCAAUCAGGAAUUUCAUCUGCCGUCGAAGGCCUGUACAUAGACUGCGCAGCGACAAUGGCAGGAACUUCGUUGGAGUAGACAGACAGGCCAAGAGAUUUGCGGAGAUCUUCGAACCCGAGAGAAUCCAGUCGGAGCUGUCAAGCAAGGGAAUUGAAUGGAUCUUACACUGCCCAGCGAACCCGUCAGAGGGUGGAGUCUGGGAGCGAAUGGUGCAGUGCGUGAAGAGGGUGCUACGCCACACAGUGAAGGAAGUGGCGCCGAAGGAGCACGUCCUGGAGAGUUUCCUGAUAGAGGCGGAGAAUGUCGUUAAUUCUCGUCCGCUCACCCAUUAG